CUCAUGCCUUGUCUCGCUCUUCUCCCCUCAUAAGCCCUCCUUCCGAAGGAUGGCAGCUGCCUCUUUCCGCUACGGCAUGACCAUCACCGGGGCUGUGCUGCUGGUGACGGGGACGCUGUGCUUUGCCUGGUGGAGCGACGGGGAGGUGGGCUCCCCGGCUGGCAGCGGGGCUCGCCUCCUGCCUCCCCGGGAAGCCGAGGCGGUUCCCAGCUCCUCCUCUUCCAGCGCCCUGCUCCGCUCCGUCAGCUUCUUCUGCUGCGGCAUCGGCGGCAUCCUCCUCCUCUUCGGCCUCCUCUGGUCCGUGAAAGCCAACGCCAGGGUGGUGUCCCGCCGCUACCAGUACCAUUUCCCCAGGGACCUGCAGUACUUCACCGCGGAGCCUCUGGAGAAGUGGAACUGCAGCUCUUGGGAUGCCAGCGCCAUCCCCACCUACGAAGAAGCCCUGACCUGCAGACCUGCCCACGGUGCCCCAGCCUACGUCCAGCCCCCGGGAAGGAAGGAAGAGCUCACGCCGCCCCUGUACCGCUACCUGGAGGAGGACGAGAGCUGGCAGGGUGGCCGCCGGCGCAGCUCCUCCGACAGCGCCUUGUUCCGUCCCAGCCCGUCCUGGCUGGAGACCCAGCACCCUGGGGAGCCGCAGGCAACGCCUCCUCCCAGCUACGAAAACAUCAGCGUCCGGGGGGUCUGA